GGCCCGUGAGGCCCCGCGGCGCGGCCAUGGCGGAGCGGGACGGGCGCGGCGGUGACGGGCGGGCGGCGGGCGGAGGGAAGAUGUCCCUGCACAGGUGUGAAACGUGUAGCAAAGAAGAAGCUAAGUACAGAUGUCCACGAUGCAUGAAAUAUUCGUGCAGCCUGUUGUGUGUAAAGAAACAUAAGCUUGCACUGAGCUGUAAUGGAGUCAGGGAUAAAACAGCGUUUGUCKCUGUAAAUGAGUUUACUGACUUGAACCUUUUGAGUGAUUAUCGUUUCCUGGAAGAUGUAGGAAGGACAGCUGAUGCUGCUGCUCGACACUGUAUUGUGCACAAUCCAGCAACAAAAAGACUCUUGUACUGCUUGAGGAACAAAGCUCGAGGGUGUAAUAUUGAGCUAAAAACACUGCCCGUUGGAUUUACAAAAAGAAGAGAAAAUUCCACCACCUUCAAUUCCAUGGAGAACAAAUUUUACUGGCAUUUGAAGCUCAUAUUUCCUCACUGUCAUGCUGAAUACACUUUAAAAGGGGUGCCUGAUGAUAAAAUACUUGCUGAUAUCCUCAAGCCAUACAUUGAUCCAGUGGAGUCAGAUCCUGUAGUUUGUCAAAGAUUAAAAAUCUACACAACAUCUCCUCAGUCAGAUGUACGAAUUUUAAUGAAAAUAGAAAACAGGAACCGAAAUUCUGUCAGGUACAAUGAACUGGAUGCCAGUAGAAGCCUCCGAGACAAUCUGAAAGGCAAAGUAAUAAUUGAGUAUCCAACAUUAUUUGUAGUCUUGAAAACAUUGAAGAAUGACAUGGUGGUCCUUGGCCAAGAUGGCAGUGAACCUGCAGAGAACUCAGACAGUGAAAGCUCAUCCCUUUCAUCUGUGGAAGAAGGGGAGAUUCGGGACAGUUCAUGACAGUUCUUUGAGAGAAGAGGGUGCAAUGAGCCUUUAUUUUUUUAAUUAUUUAAUUAAAAUUUUUUUUAUACAAAUAACUUCCUAGAGAUUUGGCUUAACUCCCUUUGCUAAAGGUAGCACUCUCAAAGUGCUUGACUGUUUUUGGUUUUAAUAAUGCGUAUUUAGGGAUGUAAAUAAAAAGAUGGGGAAUUGUGGUUCCAGAAGAAAAAAAAAAUUCUAAUUGCAGUCUUUAAUUGCACCAGUGUUUUUUCCUUUUUCCCUAACCAGCUCAGUGCUAAAUUUUUGGGUUUAAAUAUCUGAUCACAUAUUUGUAUUUAUAUGUGGAUUUGAGUCUUAAUGCUUACAUUUACUGGGGGAAAAAAAGCACAGUUGUUUCAUUAGAUCARUUUUCCUUUUACUGUUACACACUGUUCUGUGUAACACUAAGCUGCUGAAAAUGGUCUUAUGUUACUUUCGACUUUAAUUUUCUCUGGAGACAUUUUGGGUGCUUGGUGCAAUACUUAAACUUUUUUUUUUGUUCCCUACUUAGUUGCAUCUUAUUUCAUGUUUUAAUGGACAGGUCAGACUGUGUUUUCAGGGUGGCAUGUUGCUGUGUUUUCAGUCUUCUCUCCAGAUCUUCUAAAUUAGCAUGGAUUUUAAAAUCCAUGGAAAUGGAUGCACAGACUGGCAGUAAUGCAAAUAAUGCUGGACUUUUAUAGAAUGCUUGUGUUACGCAUCUCAUAUUCCUAGUACCUACAGAAGUUAGGUAUUGUAAAUACUUACUGGCAUAUCAGCUAUAUUUACCUACUUAAAUAAAUCRUAAAGGAAAAAAAAAUCCUGUAUUGUAUUGUCUGCUGACAGUUGUUGAAUUCUGAGAAGGUUCCUAGAUCACAGACCACUUACCCCUGUAUCCAAGUCCCCCGUGCCUGUGGGGUGUGUUGGAGGAUGGGAACAGGAAUGCCACAGGCAGUGCAAGUCAGGUGAGCCCCUCUCCUCAUUGCACCAGGGCAUUCUCAGCAAUCAGCAUCAGCCUUCACUUUAGUUUUGCAAGAGUGUGGCCAAGCCAGCGUUUGUAAAGUCUUCAGGACAUAAUCACUCUAAAGAGCUCUCUGAGGUUGUUGCUGCCUUUGUAGUUCCCYGGUCUCUGUCUUCAGCUGGAGACAAGCACCUUUGUGUGUGGURGCCUGGGGUGUGUGCUGAGUUGCUGUGAGGAUGAUAYAUCAGUCAUGUAUGUUCUUCAGCCWGUGCUGAUAUUGUAGGUAGAAACACAAUAGAAAGCAGUGAAGGAACUUGUGGAGGUAACAGGAGGCUGUGGCAGCAGUACAGGAGAAAGCUCAGGCUUCCAGGCUCUCAGUCUGGGCUUCAGGGCUCCAGGCUGCUGGGUCCUCAGCAGUCAYGCUGCAUGGAGGGGUUUUUUGAGAUGUUUGAAGUUUUAUUCCCUUYCCAAAGAAAUUGCAGUUAAAAAGUUGUUUGCCAGGACAUCUCACUACUGACAUUUGGACAGAGCRUCAGACCUUUGUAGUCUCACACUACUUUUUCUCCUGGUGGUAUCRUGUGUCCUUUGUCUUGUGUGUUUUGUAACCUCUGGUAAAACAGGAAAGUUUUUCUUUUUGCCUGGCAGUAGCCACCUGUGCUCUAUUUUCUUUCUUAGUCAUUGUUGGUCCUCUGCCCACCUCUUGUUUCAACAUUUGUUUUUUUAACCCUUUUUAAAGGACCAAAAUUCUUAGCUAUAGGUGCUGCUUUCAUAUUUUUUCAGUUCAAUGAAAGUGAAUAAGCUUUUCCUAAUCAGUGAUUGCUGCACACUGACUUGGUAGCCACAAAUUACUUUAGAGCAGUCUUGAACUCAUUCAUAGUAAUACCAGUAAAAGAGCAGAGCAGCAAAACUGCCACAGUUCAUUUGCCARAAAAUGUUUUAUCUGGAGUAAAAGCAUGGCAUUUGUGUUGUAUUCAUAGCACAGUAACAAUAAGAGUGCUGCAAAUACUAGUGUUGAUCUGCAUGUGUGUGUGAUUAGUCUUCGGCUGAGGAGCACAGAUUUCUGAUUUGCAUUACUUUCCUGUGCUCUUGGGGGUUUUCAUUAAUUGUACGAAAGGGUUUGCCUGUGGGGGUUUCUUUUCUUACAUAAAUCUACUUUAAGCUUCUUUGUGAAUCAAAGACAACAUAAUUUGUUUUUAAAUGAAGAUGCUGUUAAAGCUAUCCUUCAGAUUUAAAUCCUUCUCUACCUUAAAGAAGGCUUUAAAAAUGAUUGAGGAGCAUUCCUUUGGUGGUUACUAGAACUUCUCAGAUGAAGCUGGGAAUCAUCUUCCAGAGUUCARUCAAACUGAAGCCAUGGUAGCAUUUGCCAUUCAUUCCUAGGUUACUACUUUCCUAUUUUUACAGUUAAACUAGUUUGAAUAAAGGUGAUUCAUCAAAUACAAACUGAAAUGCAUAUCAGAUAUUUUAUUCUGUUUUCCUAAGCUUUUUCAAUUUUUCUUUAWAAUAAGAAAUCCAAAUUCUUCAUGUUAGUGGUAAUUCAUAAUAAUGAGGUUACUGAUUUAAUCUAAGUUUAUGCACUCUUUGGCUAGGCUGAUGUUUCUUACCAGGUUCAUAGGCAGYUAAGGAAAGUUUUUUAUUUCUCUCUGAGUGACUUAACCUGGAACAAGCACCUUGUAAUAAACUGAAGAGAGAAAAAGCAUCUUCUAUAUAUUUGAAAUUCUGGUCAAGCACUAGAAAUUUGAGAUACGGAGUUGAGGCUGCCUUGAAAGCUUCAGUUAUGUCCAUUUUGAGAACAUAGUAUUGUAGUCAURUUACACAGAGAUCCCUACAGGAGUCUGCCUUGAUUCAGAACAGAYCAUGUCUGUGAAUGAAAAGUGUGUGAUGUUUUAAUCUUUGUCAUUGAACACCAGCUUGCCCUGAGUGCUUGAUUUUGUGCCUACUAUGCUUACUCAUUUAUUUUCCUCUAAGAACUAUUUGUCACAGAAGGAACAAGCUAUUUCUGUGUAGCGUUGUUACAGCAUUUCUUUUAAUGUUUGGACUUUUCAGCAUGCUUGAGCUGAAGGACUAUCAGCUUACAAAGAGUAAAGGCUCUUGUCUUGAAUGAACACACUGCUUAAAAAAAUUAAAAGCUUAAUGAUGUCAUCCCUUUCACAAACCUUAAAGGACAAAAAUAGAGCAUAGCUAAGCACACAGCAAUAGUUGGGAGGCAGGACUGAGUCAGCCAUGGGAGAGAACUUGGUUCUUUUCCUUUUUUGUAUAACUUCCUGGGGGUAUGAGGCAUAAUUGAGUUGUCAUGGGUAAACAACGUUCUGCCCCCUCUCAGUGUAACAGCUCAGUUUUGAAUGAACACAUUCAAAUUCUAAGUUUUGCUGCAUUUAUCUUGGCAUUAGGAAUUGUUGAUCCGUAGAGGAAAAGAGGGGUCAUGCCACAGAAUCUGUGGCUGGCACUGGUCUUCAGAGAAAUGCUGGACCAGUUUUUGUUACUCCAGUCAACAGUGCAGUUUUACUCUGCUUAGGGAAAAUCUCUAAAUUUACAGUGCAGAAAGUGAGCUCUAGUCUGAAGCUGUACAUGGAUUUCUAAGUUCAUGGGRGUGCUGAUAAUAGGUCCAAGCUACGUGUUGUGUAUGAGCAUAGCUGGGAUUCAGUCCUUGCCCUGCCAGAUCCAACUGUGCUCUGUUGACAUCUGUAGGAGCUGAGAAUGUAUAACACCAUACAAGAGCAGGCUUUCCACGGGUAAAUAUACAGCUGUGAUGAUGUAACUUCAGACUCUGUUUAGUCACAAACAUUCUGCUUUUAGUCCCACAYUAUUUUCCUGAAAACAUUUAUUCUUCCGCCCUCCAAAGGAAAAAAUAUCUUGAAUUUAUGUUUAUGUUGUUGCUAUGACAUUCAAUUAAACUGUAUGCAGAUGCAGGUUCUGUUAAUAAGAGAAAAAGAAAUGAACUGUAUACUUCUGAGAA